CGAUAAACGAAGCAGAAUACACCGCGCGUUAAAUUUCCCUAAAGUGUGAAAUGUGCAACCUCAACGAAUGGCAUCCAUUCAUUCCUAGAAAGCAUCGCGCUCAUUUCAAACGUAUCGCGGUUACCUUCACUCCGCAAUAGCGCCAAAAACCAUUCAAAACAUAAAAACCGGACGGUCAAAUGCUGUUUUAUAGCAAGAAACGAAGAAAUAGUGCAGUAAGUGUUUGUUAAAGAUGGGAACUCAGUGUCAUUAUUGUGGAACUACCUUGUGGAUGUUUACUAGCAUCGCUUCAGCUGUUGGAACAAUAAUAGGAAAUGUAUUAACUCUUUCUGCCAUUUUGAUGAGCAAAAAGCUGUCCUCUAUGAUGGCGAACUAUUUUGUUUUUAGUCUUGCAGUGAGUGAUCUUAUGGUCGGAAUAACAUUACCAUACCACAUGCUCUUUUAUACUAUCGACGGUUUUGGAAACAUAAAAUACACCUGUCUUCUCAGAUUCGUCCUAACUUCAUUUGCAAGUUCUAGUUCGAUAUGCAACCUAUUAUUUAUUGCCAUGGAUAGGUACUUGGCUAUAGUAUAUCCUUUGCACUACACCAGGUUUAUGGUACAAAAAUUUGCAUUUACCCUCAUUACAAUUGGAUGGGUUGUGGCUUUCACUACUGCGUUUGUACCGCUAGUGUGGAACGAAUGGACCGAAGGGGUAACUUGCGAAAUCGUUAACGUUUUUCCUCAAAAUUACAUGCAAUAUAUACUACUGCCAAUGUUUUCAUUAGUCUGGACAACGAUGCUUCUUCUUUAUACCAGAAUAUGUCACGAGGCAUCUGGACAACAUAAGAAGAUUAUGGUGUCUGGGAAUUUACAUCAAUCAAAAUCAUUUCAGAUGACGCUGGUAAUCCUAGGUUGUUUCACAAUUUGCUGGCUGCCGUACUUCGUGAUUGUCAUUUACAUAAGGACGACGAAAAACGAUCAAACCGCAACGCUGUAUGAGAUUUUCUUUAACUUGGCGAUGGCUAAUUCCUGUAUGAAUCCGUUAAUAUACGCUUGGAAAAACAAAACUUUCCGAAAGGCAUUUCUGAAUUUGAUGAAAUGUCGGCAUCCAGAUAGGAAUGCGCAUUUUGUAACAAAUCAUGUGCCGAGCAAGAGAAAUUCUGUCAAUGGUAUUUGGAAUGUCAAUUGCCAACGGGAAGAGCUGACAACUGGAACGGAAAUGUCAACUCAUGAUGAUAAAAUAGAAAAUAAUGUCAUUCAGAGGAUAACGGAUAAUUCUACGACUUUAUCCCAAACAUAGAGCUAGUGUAAUUUUCUGUGACUUAAAAACUGUGAAAAUCGUUCAUGAUUGACUAAAAAAUGUGAUACAACUUAUUUAUUUAUAUUGUUAUAUUUACGUAAAUAAGAAAAGUUGUUUUUGUGAUAUUAUAAUUUAUUAAAUUAAGAACUAUUUUAAAACUUUUUUACUGUGUUAUAGUGUUAGUAAAAUUUUGGCUAAAAUAAUUAUGAAAAUAAAAAUUCC